ACUAGGUGCCGGACGGAUAGACGUGACGCCAUUUUAUGUCGGUUGCCGACGAACGAUCCUUUCACUGAAUUUACUCGAUUCCGUUUCGCCGAAAGUCGUUUGACCAAUCAUUCAUUCAUCAACCAUUCGCUAUUGCCGUCCAAACAGCGUGUUAAGUACGCAGACACGGUCGCCGGUGAUGCACUGCUCCUGCUGCUGCUGAACCGCUGCUGUUUGUCGUCCCCAGCCGCCGCCUAUUUAGGUUGUUGUCCGGCAAUUUAGCGUGAAAUCGAUUCAUCUCAAUGGCCGCCAACAAUUAUUUUGGGUUCACACAUGGCGGUACUCAAUAUGCUACUGCGACUGGUUAUCAGCCUCCACCACAAGCUGGAUAUGCUGUACCACCAGCUACCUAUACAACUCCAAGAGCUGCUGCAACUGCAUAUGAUGUAGCAUCCUAUCAAACAGCUGCGGCGACACAAUCUGCUUAUGCAAAAGCAGCUUACAAUAGUGCAGCAUAUGACACUAGACAAAACGCUUAUGCACAACAAGCCUACCCCACUCAACCACAAUAUGCACCAUACCAAGCAGUUACUACAUAUACAACAGGAGUUGUUCCAAAGAAACAAUGUCAAGCUAAUGCAGCUGCAUAUGCUACUAGUUCGGCCAUGCAACAAAAAGUCACUUAUCCAAUCCAGUCAGCAGCUGUUACUCCUAAUCAGACUACAAAUAAAGCAACAGCUGUACCAGGAUAUGAAGCUGUUUAUUCUAAUACAAAUUUUCCAACUCAAAAUCAAAAUCAAGUACGACCUAAUAAUGCACAAAAAAGACAGAAUUGGUUUAAAAAAAGUACUACUGGUUUUUCUGGAGGUGCUAAAGGUGGCAAUAGGAUAGGAUUCGCAAGUCGAUCUCAGGAAAUUCAUUAUUGCGAAGUUUGCCGUAUUAGCUGUGCUGGAACUCAAACAUAUAAAGAACAUCUUGAUGGUCAAAAACAUAAAAAACGUGAAGCAAAUUCAAAGUUAUCCACUGUAAAUGUCAACAAACCUUCAAAUAAUCCGGCCACAAAAGUGUUCCAUUGUGAUCUCUGCGAUAUUUCUUGUACAGGUGCUGAUUCAUAUGCAGCACAUUUAAGGGGUUCUAAACAUCAGAAAGUUUAUAAUCUGCAUACAAAACUUGGUAAACCAAUUCCACCACCAAACACUGAAACUGUAGCUGUUUCAAAAACUGCAACACCUAAAGUGAAUUUUAUUGCAGCUGGCAAAUUGGGAACAGUUAUUCCAAAAAUGGAAGCUAAUGUUUCCCCCGUCGUAACUGUCAAAACUGAAGCUAAAAGUCCACCUCCUGUAGUAACUCCUAUUAUAACUGGAGAAACUGAUGUUUUAUUAGUUGGUAUGGAAUACAUAGAAGAAAUAAAAGAUGAAACAGGUAAAAUGGUGAGUUUCAACUGUAAAUUGUGUGAAUGCAAGUUUAAUGAUCCCAAUGCUAAAGAAAUGCAUAUGAAGGGUCGUAGACAUAGACUUUCUUACAAGAAAAAAGUGGAUCCUAGUUUAAUAGUUGAAUUAAAACCAAGUUGGUUUGAAGCUCGUAGAAUGCAAAAAGACAAACAACAUGAUGGUCCUAGAGUAAGAGAAGACAGGUCUAACUUUUGGGCUGAUCGUUUUAUGGAUAUGGAAGAUAGAUUUUCAUGGGAAGAUCGUAGACGCUAUCAAGAAGAAGUUGAGUAUUAUGAUUGGUAUAGGUCUUUAGGACCAAGAAAUAUGAGUAUGGGACCACCUCCACUUUUUGGUCCUCCAGCAAUGAUUGGUGCUCGACCACCUCCUCCUCAUAUGAUGAAGUUUGGAAUGGGAAUGAGACCUCAAAUACAUAAUUCAAUGCGUCGUUAUGAUACUGUUGAUGACAAACAUAUUAUGGCUAAGCACUCUAGUCUGUUCCCCAAGCAAAAUUCUUUAAAAACUCUACAAAAAGCUAUUUCAGACACAGAAAAAGCACUAAAACUCGCUGCUGAAGAUUUAGUAAAAACUGUUCCAGAAGUAGUUGUCCCGGUCACAGUUCCAGAACCAGAAGUUGCAGAAAGCACAGAAGUAAAAAAAGAACAAACAAAAAAGACGGCAGCAGCCAAAGAAGAUGGCCGUGAUGGCUCGAUGUUUACUUUUACUACUGAAAAAGAUGAUACUAAAAUAACAAAAAAGAUGACUGGUUCUAUGCGUGUUGGAGCACUGUCAAAAGGAUUGUUAUUAGUUAAUGAAAAUGAGGUGGACUUGGUAAUCAUAUGUUCAGUACCACCAACUAUAGCAUUGUUAAACUCUGUUGUUGCGAUUUUACCAGAGAAGUUGAAGAUAGUUGCUAAGGACGAUACAUAUAUUGUGAAUAAAAAUGAAGCUGCUGCGAAAUUAACAGUUGAGACCAUUUCUGACGAAGAAAAAUAUGUUGUAAAUGUCACUCUAACAUCACCUUCUAUAAGAGAGGCUAUUUUGAGUGCAGCUGAAGGAGAAAGCCAACAGACGGAACCAGUGGCCAUUGUGCCUGGCGAACACGUUUUGGACAAGACAAAAUGUUUGGAAGCAUUGGCUGCCAUCAGGCAUGCCAAAUGGUUUCAGGCUAGAUUGGCUGUAAUUGCUAAUGGACCUUUGAUCAUUCGUAUUUUAAAAGACUUCAUCAUGCGAGAACCUAAAUGGCAACCUUUUACUUCAUGGAUGUUGGAACUGUUUGUUGAACGUGUCUUAACUAGUGCCUUUCCACCCAAUUCACUCAAUGCUGCUGCUGGUUUGAGCCCUGCUGAAUCAUUGAGGCGUUUCUUAGAAUCAAUUGCAAGUGGUGCCUUAUUGCCAGGGGCUACUGGUAUUCAUUUGGUUGACCCAUGUGAGAAAGAUCCUGUUGAUGCUUUGGCACCACUUACUGUGCAACAACGAGAGGACAUAACGCUGUCAGCUCAGAACGCGUUACGAUUAUUAACCUUCAGACAAGUGAAUAAAGUACUUGGAAUGGAAAUGCUUCCCGUAAAACAACAACGUUUUACUCGCAAGCGACGUCGUGAAGGUUCAACUAGUGAAGGGAAUGAAACAGAAGAUGUCGGGGAAAAUAAGAAGAAAGACAAAAAAGAAGAUGACAGUAUAAUUCAAAGCCAAACAAAUGACCCUAUUGAAAAUGCUGAUGAAAUUUCAAAUGGUAUAGUGGCUAAUAUGGAAACUGAGAAGAUUGAUACUAAAUAGUGUGUAAAAGUGAACUAGUCUUGUACAUUAAUUAACUAUUCUUUUUUAUGUUAAGGAAUUUAAUUUUACAUUAUGACCCAAAUUAUAUUGGAAUCUUACCUUUAUACUUGUAUUAUUUUUCCAAUGACAAUUCUACUGAUAUUUUUCUUGUGUUUAUCACUUAUAUUUUAUAAUUCAUAAUAUAUGUGCAUGUGUGCAUAGAUUAAAUGAAAUACGUACUUUCACUGUAAUUUUUAAUAUUAUUUUUCUUCAAUUUGUAUUAUUUUAUUUUUGUUUUAUAUUAAUUCAUAAAAUAGGUUAUAUUAUUAUAACUAUGGCAUAAAUUCAAUAUUUUAUUAUCAAUUAAACAAAAAGUUUAAAUCAUAUUUAAUACACAUAAAUAAUAUAAUAUUAUUUAUUGGGACAUAAAAAAUAUAAUAUUAUUUAUUGGGACAUAAAAAAGUAAUAUUCUUAUUAGAAUCAUUGUUUUUAUUAAGAAUAUUAGAAUUGUCAGUUAUAUCUUAUAGUUAAGUGCAAUAAUUUAUUUUUUAAUUUUAAUGAUAAAGUUUACUAUUGGUUUUUUUUAAAUUUAUCUUUUAAGAGUUUUUAGAUAGUUCAAAGAUCUUCAGAUUAUGUAUGUAAUCAAAUAUUAUCAAAUAUGUAUAAUUAGCUAUGGCUAAUUAAAAAGUUUUAUUGUUUUCUGAAAUAAAUAACAAGAAUAUUUGUAUUCAAAUCUUAUGUAAUUACAUAAUUUACAAAAUAUUGAAAAAUUAAUAAUGGUUUGAACAUUAAACUAUUAUUAAUUUGAAAAUAUUUGAACACAAUAUUGUAUAGCAUCAAUAAUGUGAGAAAUUUUUUAAUGGAAAUCAAUGGUUUGAGUUAGUUUAAACUUAAACUACUAUACUCCAUCCAAAAAGAGAAGACACCAGGCGUUGACUAGUGUUUUAGUCCAAUCACCAUCUAGAAACCUAUGCAACUAUGCACAUGAGUUCACCAGCAUUCCCUACAUUUGGUAGCUGAUUGAAUGACCUUUAUGCCUUUAUAUAGAACUUUUUAAAAAGUAGAUUUAUUUAUAAUUGAAUAAUUAAUGUAAUAAUAAUUAUGAAUUUAUGAUAAUGGGAACCACCGUGUGUCUACCUAUGUACUUAUUUUACGUAUGAAGUAUGUAAAUAUACAUAGUAUGUCAUCAUAUAUAUUUCAAAACUAUCAUAUUAUUUUGUUUCUUAAAUUUCGAAAUAUAUACCUAAUUAGUCUGCAAAAUUUAAAAAUGGAUACCAUGGUAGAGUAGAAAUUGUUGGUAUGAUCAAUCGCAAAGGCAUGUCAUUUUGUUGCACAAAACUGGUUGUCUUUUCAUUUGGGUUGGAGUAAUAAAAUAUAAUUAUUAUGGUCUCAUUAUCCUUGUCAUUGAUUGUUUUAAACAUAAUGUAUGCAUUUUUAAGUCUGUUAAAUUUUACAACAUGUUUAAUUAUAAGUGAAGGACUGAUUGUGUAUUUUUAAGUACAAUUAAUUCGGCAUUAUGUGUAGUUAAAUUUGGUUUUAUUAAAUAAAUUAAAACAUUACAUUUUUA